GAAAACGGCCACACUGAACAGAUACAAUUUAUUAACACAAAAAAAAAAGAAAUAAAAACAGAUUAGAAUUAAAAAGAACACCAAUUAGAUGGCCAUACGAUGAGUCGCGAUGAUCAUAUGAAAUGGUUUCACGCUAAUCUAUCCCGGGAGGCGGCUGACGAUCUGUUGAGACAAGGCUACGAAGAUGGUACGUUUCUGGUGCGGGAGAGCAGCACAGCAGCUGGCGAUUUUGUGUUGAGCAUUUUGUGCCAGGAGGAGGUGUGCCAUUAUCAGGUGCGACGCCACGGGGAGGAUGCCUUCUUCUCCAUCGAUGAUGAGAUGCAGACAAAGAUACUCCACGGGCUGGACACUCUGGUGGACUACUAUCAGCAGGGUGCGAACGGGCUGCCCACCAAGCUGACGGUGCCGCUAAUACGUGACCCGCCGCCUCACAACACACGCAGUCAUGGCGUGACCAACCUGCUGCACCGCGCCACCAGCAAGAACGAGAGCAAAGUGGUCUUUGAGCUGCUCAAGUGUGGCUACCGCAACUUCGAUGCCAAGAAUCAGCAUGGACAGACGGCCCUCCAUCUCGCCGCGCUGCACUGUGAUGAGGAGAUCUUGAAGCUGUUGCUGAAUGCAAAAGUUCAGGUCAAUAGCUCGGACUCCUUUGGAUGCCAGCCCUUGCAUUAUGCGGCACGGAGUAAACCUGCCAGCUUCAUACGCACUCUGAUCGCUGCCCAGGCCAAUGUGCAGGGCAGAAACAUAGAGAACGGAUUCGUGCCGCUGCAUGAGGCAGCCAAGCAUGGCAAUCUGGAGGCUGUGCAGGAGCUGUUGCUGGCCGAAGCCCCACUGCUGCCGCGCACCAGCUCUGGCGAGUUUCCCUUCGAUCUGGCCAAGGAAGCGGGACAAACGAGCGUCGAGCAGUUUCUGCUCAACUAUAAGCUGCCGCCGGCAAGCACCACCAGAGAGCAGUGGUACCAUGGCACACAGACGCGAGACGAGGCCGUGGCCAUGCUCACGCAAUAUGCCAAAGAGCUGUUGGCUAAGCAGCCGGGCGUGGAUACCUCUGGCUGCUUUCUUGUGCGCUAUUCCGAAUCCCCGGCUGCGUCUGGACUGGUACUGACCCUCCUCAGCGAUCAGGUGGUGAAAAACUUUCGCAUAUCCCAAGCGCCGCUCUACUCGAACGGUGUCAAAGUACACCCGGAUGGCUCUAAGUUCAUGUUCAUUGAUGACGGUCCCUACUGGCCCAGCCUGGAACAUCUGAUAGCCAACUUUAUGCGCUUCUCGUAUGGCCUGCCGGUUAGCCUGAAGUAUGCAGUGCCGCCAAAGCCCAAGCCGGAGGUGCCCUCAUUCGCAACCAUACCACGAUCUACGGUGAAGCACAGGACAACGCCACCGGUGACGCCGCCCACUCCAGUGCCCCAUCCGCACCACGCCCACCCGCAUGCACCCGCCCUGACCAUUGCGAAGAAGAAGCAAAAGGAGAACAGCAGCUCCAUGUUCAACACGCUGCGCCUGACGAGCCCCAAGAAGGCGCUCUUCGACAUGAACAGCCUGCGCAAGAGCAAAUCCAAGAGCAAGCGAUCCGAGUCCGAGAGCAGCGUAAGCGGAUCGCUGGCCAAGUCCGAGCGGGAGCAGGAGCUCCAGGCAGCUGCCCCAAUGCUCAAGAGUUUAUCAUUCUCCACGGAAUUUUCGAAUUUCAAUGUGGAUGCAGCCAGUCCAGGAGCUGCAGCUGCAGCAGCUGAAGGAGAGCUGUACAAUGUGCCACGGAACAAUACGCCCAUUGAGAUUGAUCUGCCGCCAAUUGCCCAAAAGACUGAAGCAGAAGUUGAGUAUUUCACGAAGAGCGAUGUGGCCAUUGAACGGGAGCGUGCUGGCCAGUGGAACACCACUGGCUAUCAGCAGACUGUGGAUGUGCUCUGGCUGUUGGAUCAGCCGGUCAAGACGCUGCCCCCGGCAGCGACUCGCCUCAAUUCGCUCAUCUCCACAGCCUCCACGGAGAGCGAAAUGGCUGGCUAUCUGCACAGAAAGUGCAGUGAUACGCCAACCACGCCCACUUCAGCCGCUUUGGAGGCGGCCAAGCUGAGGUUUUUCAUCGACCAAGAGAAUCUAUUGCUGGAUAAUGAAAUCGGACAUGGGGAAUUCGGGUCAGUGCACCGCGGCUGGCUGGUGAAGAAGAGCAGAGAGGGCAGCGACGAGUCGUCCCGCCAGGAGGUGGCCAUCAAAAUGCUGUGCGAUGAGCACAGCAACAAGCAGGAGUUUCUGCGCGAAGCCUCGGUGAUGAUGCGCCUGGAGCACAAGUGCAUUGUGCGUCUCAUUGGCAUUUCGAAGGGGGAUAUGCUGAUGAUGGUCCAGGAGCUGGCUCCCCUGGGCUCCAUGCUUCAGUACAUACUCGAUCACAGUGCACAGAUCACGGCCAACACAGAGCUAAAGCUGUGGGCAUCUCAGAUCGCUUCUGGCAUGCAUUAUCUUGAGUCUCAGCAUUUUGUGCACCGUGAUCUUGCGGCCAGGAACAUAUUGUUGACUGCCCGCCAUCAGGCGAAGAUCAGCGACUUUGGCAUGUCGCGUUCCCUGCGGCCGGGCAGCACGGAGUAUCAGUUUACACAGGGCGGCCGCUGGCCCAUUCGUUGGUACGCGCCGGAGAGCUUCAAUCUGGGUGUCUUCUCGCAUGCCAGUGACGUGUGGUCGUUUGGGGUGACCAUUUGGGAGAUGUUUGCCCUCGGUGCGCCGCCCUAUGGCGAGAUUUCCAAUGUGGAUGCCAUCAAGCUGGUGGACAGUGGCGAGCGUUUGCCACAGCCAGAUCUGUGCCCUGCCUACAUCUAUGCCGCAAUGCUGAGCUGCUGGAAGGAGCAUCCCAAAGACCGGCCUACGUUUGCCUAUCUAAUGGAGUUCUUCACCCGCGAUCCCGACUACCAAAACCUGCCCGACAUGGUGCAAACUGUUCAUAUAUAGGAGCCUGCGUGGUGCUUCACCUUCGUCCCAUUCUUUUUCAAGUGCAAUUUUCUCUGUUUAAAGUUAAUUUUUAUGUUUUUGUCUUGUCUUGUCCCGUAGAUCGCACUUGUUAUCCCUCUGAAAGUAUUUCACGAGUUUUGAUCUACAUAAGUUGUAUAUUUAAUAAUCUGUAAUAAUCGUACAACAAAUGUGUCAAUCGAAAGUGCCUUAAAAACAUUUAUAAAACUAACUUUUAUAUCAAUGUUGACUCUAUUGUUUAUGAUAUUAUUCAUGGCACUGAUGUUGUUGUCAUGUCCCCACACAGUUUACACACCAACCACACAGUUGUUAGCAAUCGUUUUUUGUUUAAUAAUAUGAGGAUUAUAUUGUAUUUUGUAUCCUUGACGCUGAUUGUACAUAUAUUCCUAUGGUUUCAGUUGCCAUGCAUCGAUGCCAGGAGCGUCACCAUGGAUAUCGGCGGCAGAAACUCUACCAGCAAUGGCACACUCGCUCCACUCGAGCCGAAGACCAACGCCACCACCAAGGAGAGGCCUCCAUCUUCAAGCAGUCCCCCCUCCACCAUGAAGACCAUUAAGCGCAUAAGGCGAGCGCGAACAGAUCUACCCAAAUAUAAAUUCACAUUCGAUGAGUCGCACCUGCCCUGCGACUACGAUGUUACUGGAUCAUUCAAGUUUAUGAGUGACUUUCCCAAAUACUGCAGAGACUCGUACCAGCAGAGGUUCAUGAGCGAGGCAGAGUAUCGCAUGUAUAUGCUGUAUCAGACGGAGGGAUUCUUCUUUGGCCAAUACCACGAGCGCUUGAUACGCUUUGAGAAGGAUACACACACCUUUGACUACCGUGAUACUGGCUUUUGAGAUUCGAUUGCAGCAAUUAAAUUAUCGGUAGAGACAGUGUC